CUCCACCAGAAGUUGUGGCGCUCUCCUGGUUUUCUGAAGAUUGAGAUGUGGCGGAGGCAGAAGACUGAGAUGUAGCAGAAGCAGAAGCUUGGUUCUGUUGUUCCUGAACGUUUACUGCUUCCAGGCGUCUAGAAGAGUUCUGGCCUCAAAGAUGUUAAGACCAGCUCCAGUGAGAUCCUGCUCCCUCACUCUACAUAGAUACUUCAACCUCUUUAGACCUUGGUUAUGGAGAGCCUUUGCUGCUUCGGUAGCUUCUGAUUCACCGAUGUCCUCACAUCCCUGCAUUAUUUGCUCUUUGAGCUGCUCCAUUGUCAAGCUGUCAUCCAUCUGGAGGAAGAGAAUAGAAAUUGAAGAAGUUAAGAUUAGUCAACUACAAAGCCUGCAAGCUUUCAAAUUUCAAAGUAUCCGCAGUCCUGCCCGUGCCUCGCUGCCGGUCGAACGUCCAAUCACGUUGCGCGGAGUGCCGAGCCGAGCCGAAGCCGAAGGCGAACCGAAGGCGAGCCGAGCCCGCCCGACGCCACCCGACGCCACCCGACGCCAAGCCGAACCAAAUCGAGUUUCAACCAGUCAGCCUAAAAGACUUUGCCUGAUGCUGGUUCUGUUUUUGUCUUAGAAACUAGACUUCAUUGUGCUUUGGAAGCUUGCAAUGGAUCGAGAACCUUGAAUCUAACUCUGCCGCCACUGGUGCUCCAUGCUCUGCAAAUUCUGCACUCCUUAAGAGGCUUUAAACAGUCAAAACUCACAUGAACAGUGGUGACAACCAAGACUCCAAGCCAGCAGAGAGACUCUAAUUUUGUGUGAUCUUACCCAUUUGCUUCUCGGAUUCUGACAUUGGGCUGACUCGUGCAGUACGUUGACCUGUCCUCUCUGAUGCAGUCUCUCUAUUGUUCAAGUUCUCAUCAAUAUUAGUACCAUCUGCAGCUCCUCCCCGAUAAAGAGAUUGAAGCCUUGAGUUGGAUCAGUAUACCCUGGAGACUUGCAUUUCAUACUCAUCAGUGCUUUUUAUUUAAGGCUUAAAAUUGUCAAAAGUCACAUGCACAGUUGUGACAACCAAGACUCCAAGCCAGCAGAGAGACUCUAAUUUUGUGUGAUCUUACCCAUUUGCUUCUCGGAUUCUGACAUUGGGCUGACUCGUGCAUCUCUCUAUUGUUCAAGUUCUCAUCAAUAUUAGUACCAUCUGCAGCUCCUCCCCGAUAAAGAGAUUGAAGUCUUGAGUUGGAUCAGGAGACUUGCAUUUCAUACUCAUCAGUGCUUUUUAUAUAAGGCUCUAAAAAUGGUCAACAUACCCACAGCCACAGUAGCACCAUCAACAACAUUUGACCAGCAAAUGAGCUAAAAACUCAAGUUUUUGUACUUUUUUUGUAUUGCCUGUGGAUGUAUUUACCAAUAGAAAUAUGGCUUCUUUUGAAUGCACAAGUUGUAGCAAAACGUUUGAAACUUUGGGGAAACAUUCUUAUCAUCAACGUGUUCAUGCAAAUGAGAAGAACUUUCUGUUCACUUGUGGUGUUGAAGCCUGCUCCCAGCAGUUUGGAACAUAUGGUGCUCUGAAUACACAUCUGCAUCGUUGUCAUAAUGACUUCAAAACAGUUGAAGUGCCCCAACCAGGAAAUCUUCAGUGCUCUGUUGAUACGUGCACAUCAUUGUUUGCCUGUGACAAGGACCUUUGUUAUCAUAUUUUAAGAGAGCAUAACAGGAAGGGUGAAGCAGUGAAAUGCCCUCUCUCUAAAAAAUGUCACAGUGAGUCUCUUCUUGUCAAUUUCCAGUCUCACUUGAGCAAAUAUCACAGAGGCUGGAACACUAUCAAUUCUGGGCCACUAGAAUCUGCUUUGAAUCUUGAUAAUGCUGAUUUUGAAGACAGUCUAUCUGAGAGAAGAACCGAAGAUGCCCCUCCCAUCAACAACCCAACAUUUGAUCAGGAUUCAGAUCAGGACCCAGAAGUGACAUUUGCCGAAGAAGAACAUCAUAAUAAGCAGGACGUAAUUCACAAUCUGGCAAAGUUUUAUCUCAGGAUGGAAAGUGAAUUUAUUUUGCCAGAAUCAACAGUGCAGGCUAUGAGUGAAGGUUUGUCUGGUUUGCAAGAACAAAAUUUAUUGCUUAUUAAGGCCAGACUCAUGCAUGAACUGCAAUCACUUGAUUUGGAACCUGAUGUAUUAUCUGGUAUUGUUAAUAGAGUCAUGUAUGCAGACGCAUUAUAUUCAGCUCAUGACAAAAGUAUUGCACCUGGUCCAUGGCUCUCUACCAAUGCUCUACGCAAGGCAUACUACAAGAAAUAUUUUAGAUACAUUGCACCAGUGGAAAACGACUUGUCUUUUGACCGUCCAGAUCCAACAUUUGUGUACUAUGUACCUGUUGAAGAAUCCUUGAAAAUUAUGUUGGAGUGUCCAUCCGUGCAAAAAGAAGUUGAUAAAAGUUUCCAAAGAACACCCAGUGAAAAUAUUAUACGUGAUUACUAUGAUGGUUUGGUGUAUCUACAAAGGAAGAGGGAAAGACCUGAGAAGACAAUAGAUCUUUUCAUAUUCCAAGAUGCUUUCAAGCCAACAAAUGAUGCCUCUCCUGUAGCAUCCAAACACAGCACCCUUGGAGUAUACUUUUCUCUUGGUAAUUUAGACCCACGCCAUCGGACUGACUUGGAUUCUAUUCAGCUUCUGAUGGUGCUCCCAAAAUACAAGAAACUUUUUAAGGAUGAUGUGUUGCGUAAACGCUGUUUUGAAGUACUUGUUGAAGAUCUGAAGAAACUGGAAACUGAUGGCAUUGCAUAUAAAGGGCAGAAGUAUCCAGUAAACCUAGUGUUCCUGAUUGGUGACAAUUUAGGGCAGCAUGAGAUUGGCGGCUUUAUUGGUUCUUUCUCCGCUGAAUAUUUUUGUAGGUAUUGUCCAAUCACAAGGACUAAGUAUGCUGAAGAACCAUGGGCCACAGAACCAUUUAGAACUAAGGAGGAGUAUGAAGAAGAUAUGCAAACAGCAACUCGACUGCACGAGGAAGAUCCAGAUAGAGUGCACUACAGAGGAGUGAAACCUGACAAAUUCAAGUGCCCUUUUAAUGCCUUGGAGAACUUUCAUGUAUGUGAUCCUGCUCUGGCCCCCUGCAUAGCGCAUGACAUACUGUCCGGUGUUCUAGCUCAAGAUUUACCAGUGAUCAUAAACCAUUUUGUUGAGGAAGGGUGGGUAUCCUACCCUCGCUUGAAUGGCUUGUUGGAAAACUUAAAAUUGAAGGGAACAGACGCAAACAACAAACCAUCUGGAAUUCCUUUUAAUGGAACCACUCUGAGUGGAAAUGCAGUUCAAAAUUGGACUCUGCUCCGUCUCUUGCCAUUCAUCUUCAAGAAAAAGAAGAUAAAGAAUACUAAGGACCCAUACUGGCUUUUGUACUUAUCGCUCAAAGAAAUCUGCGAAUAUUUGUUUGCUCCCUCCCACUUGCUUGAUCAAGUUGCCUAUUUGAAAAGUGCCAUUGAGAAUUACCAGAGUGACCGUGCAAUUCUUGGGUUCCGAAGGCCAAAAGGACAUUUUCUAGGCCAUCUGGCUGAUUUGAUAAUACUUCUAGGGCCACUUAUUCUUCUAUGGACUCUGAGGUUUGAGGGCAUUCAUUCCUUCUUCAGAAGUGUCUCAAGAGCCAGUCACAAUUUUGUGAAUCCUGGUAAAACAAUGACCAACAAGCACUGCCUCUACUUGGCAUAUAUGUCUGCUGGAACAUUCUUCCAAGAUGGUAUUAUUGAUCCAAAAGUCUCUGGCAAGUUGAAUUAUGAGUCCUUUCUUGAGGCUGAGACAGCAAAUGUGCUGCUGGAGCAAAAUUUUUCUGAUGCAGCAGAAAUAUUGGAAUCAGUGGUUGUGAAUGGAAUCAAAUACAAGAGAGACAAAUGGACAGGAUGGCUCCUACUUGGCAACCUAGAUGAAGUAAAUAUUCACAUUGGGAAAAUAUGCUGCAUCGUAUGUGACAAGAAUCAAAUCACAAUUUUACUGAAGACCUACAUUGGAAGGCUGCUUAAUGAGUAUGGCAUUUAUGAGAUCAGCAACACAGUUCUGAAACAAGUAUGUGUGUCUCCUCUAAAUUUGAAGAGCCCUUGUCUGCAAACUGUAUAUUCAUUUGGUGGGAGAAAAUGUUUUUCUCUGAAACACACUCUGUCACAUGACAGUGACUACUUUGAUUAAAGUGUUGGUCACAGGAACGUGGUAUCGGUCUUCUCCUUACACAUUUGAAUUUGACAUGUUCCUUGUGUCCACAACACUAGUUCAAGAGGGUGUGUUGCAUUGCUACUGUCCAGCUCAUGUUGUUGGUUCCAAGUUCCUUGCGAUGCUCACAUCCAAUUCUGUGAUGUUUGAUUUAUUAAGAAGCGUCCAAGAAUCCUCCAGAGGCUGUACUCCAAGAUCAUAAGUAUGAUACUGCUGACUCCGAUUCUUCGCUCAAACCUAUCCUACUUCAAAGACCGGAGGCAGUAAGCCAACGGCUCCACAUCAAACAAGAACAAAGCGAUGAUUGUUCACACCUAAUGGAAAUCAUAGGUGACUUGGAGGAGAGGCUGGUAGCACAACGCAGACAGAUGUCAUCUGCUCAGUGGAAGGAUUUUGAUAUCCCGUUCCUUACAAACCAUCACAAUAAGGCACUUCUACAUCUUGCAGCAGCAUUCAUUGGCAAGAAGAAAAUUCAUCUCUAAUUUUAGAAAAUUGAUUGAUUAUCGAAAGAUGAAGUUGGAUUCACUCCUUUGAUGUGAUCCUCGUCUAUAGAUCAUAAUGAUGCUGCCUCGGCUCUUUUUGAUGGAAUCACUCUGCAUUGGAUUAAGUGAACAUCCUUAAUCAAAGUGCUCCAGAUGUUGCAAGAUUUUCUGGUUUUAGCUUUGGAAGUUACUAAGUUUGAGAAUGAAUAUUUUAAGUUAUGCUCCCAUGAAGCCAACCAAAGUUACUUUUAUUUGUUGAUGUGCUGUCACUUCUCUCUCCUCAUCUCCUUCUCCUGCGCUUUCACCCUGCAGCUCAAUUGUCUCAAUGCAAUCAUCUGCAGCGUCAACUACUGCAUCGCUGGGGCAGGUGUUUCACAGGGCAGCUUGUUGGAUACUAAUUUAUGGGCAUCAUUGUCAUCAUCUAGGUCUCAUAAUGGAGUUUUCUUUACUUGAAGUGAGAGGCAAAAAAUCAAGCUUUAAAUGGAUGAUGCUUACACUCAAUUUUGACGAUUGCAACUCUUGGCCAGCAAAGAGACAAAAAUAUUGAGUUAACUUACCCAUUUGGGCUUUUGAUUCAGGUACUGAGCUGACUCCUACCGCAAAUUGAUUUGUGGUCUCUAGAACUGCCCACUGUUUUUGAUGCCCAUGCCAACAGUUGUAAGAAUUACACCUUUCAGCCCCCAAAGGAGGUAAAAUAUUCAGUUAUUAUACAAAGGUAUAGGAUAAGGAUUCAGACACUGUUCUUUUAGCUCUUAUUUGUGUGCUUUCCAUGUCAGGCUUUAUAUGGUUGAAGCCCAUGGCCUCAGCUGAGACAACUUUAGAACACUUAGGCAGAGGAGGGACUUAAAGCUGGAAUUUAUUUCUGAUGUUGGGACUUUGAUUUGGGAGGCUAGCACUGUAUUUAUUAUUUCUUCUCCGCAUUCAUUAAUAGGUUAUUUUGAACUACAUGUGCAAGAACUCUUCAUCUGCUACGAGAUGCUCCACUGUUUGAUAUGGAUUUUAGUAAGCAGCGGAGAAAAUGGAAAGCAGACACUAGAUAGCAUGCAAUAAGGGAUAUGUUCUUGUUGAUAAUGCAUUACAUGCAAGGUGGAAAGCGAAGAAAAGCGUGCAGUUGAUGCAGUGAUGGGGAAAGCACCUCCACAAGCGGCAAGGCGACAAGAAGCUUCAACAGCAGCACAUCAUGCACACACACCUGUGAAUCAAAAGAAGGAAAAACAUGAUUAUCAAACAUCAAUUAUGUUGCAAGGCAUCAUUAUUGAACGACUGCAGCCAACACAAGAUUCAAGAUUUGGCUUCAAGACUGUGUGCGUGUGUGUGUGGACUUGUGUCAUUGUUGUCAUUAUUCUACUUCAAUCUUAACUUAUGUUCCGGUAUUAUAGGGUGCAUUUUUCCUACCUGAUUCCUAUUUGGAGGGUUGAAAGGUGACCGCCUGAUGACCAUUUUGAUACUCGUGCACCCACUGGUUUUUAUUUUUGUUCUUUAAAUUUUUGGCCAGGGUAAAGUGGUCUGACCACAUUUCUUUGAAUAGAAAUCAGUUUGCCCUGGCUCACUCUUGGGAAGAGAUCAAGAUUCCGACUUUAGAGAGUGAGCCAAAGCAACUUGAUUUCUAUUCAAAGAGGUGAUCAAGCCACUUAGCUCUGGACAUAAAUUUAAAAGAAAUAUGUAUCUAGUUGAUGCUGGAGUAUCAAAACGGUUGUCAGGCGGUCACCUUUCAACCCUCCAGAGAGGAAUCUGGUUGACAAGACCUAUUGUACAUGUUUGCUUCUCCAUGAUUCAGAAACAAUAAAAAUGUGAAAAAUGAC